AUUUUAUUCCUUUCCUAUAUCGACCCUAAUUCGUAGCAUCAGGAAUUGGCCUCACUCACUCACUGACAAUAAAUUCAGAUCAUAAUUUCACCUCAACCCUUCACUCUUUCUCUCUCAAUUUCAUCGAAAACCAAAAAUGAUGAAACCAUCGAUGCUCAGAUCCGCCGUAUCCCGCUGCUCUCAGCUGUCUCGCCGUGGCUACGCCACCAAUCCUGUACCGGAGCGCAAGGUAGCCGUUCUCGGCGCCGCCGGCGGGAUCGGACAACCCCUUUCUCUUCUCAUGAAGCUCAACCCCCUCGUUUCUUCCCUCUCCCUUUACGAUAUCGCCGGCACACCUGGCGUUGCCGCCGAUGUCAGCCACAUCAACACCAGAUCUGAGGUUGUUGGGUAUCAAGGUGAAGAGCAGCUUGGAAAAGCUUUGGAGGGAGCAGAUAUUGUUAUAAUCCCUGCAGGUGUGCCCAGAAAGCCCGGAAUGACUCGUGAUGACCUUUUCAACAUUAACGCUGGCAUUGUCAAGGGACUGUGCUCUGCUAUUGCCAAGUACUGUCCCCAUGCCCUUGUUAACAUGAUAAGCAAUCCUGUGAACUCCACUGUUCCCAUUGCUGCUGAGGUUUUCAAGAAGGCAGGGACAUAUGAUGAGAGGAGAUUGUUUGGUGUUACCACCCUUGAUGUUGUAAGGGCAAAAACUUUCUAUGCUGGAAAGGCCAAAGUUCCAGUUGCCGAGGUCAAUGUACCUGUUGUCGGUGGCCAUGCAGGCAUUACCAUUCUGCCACUAUUUUCUCAAGCAACACCACAAGCCAAUCUGGAUCAUGACCUAAUUCAGGCUCUUACAAAGAGGACACAAGAUGGAGGAACAGAAGUUGUGGAAGCUAAGGCUGGCAAGGGUUCUGCAACAUUGUCAAUGGCUUAUGCUGGAGCAAUUUUCGCUGAUGCUUGCCUCAAGGGCCUUAACGGAGUCCCAGACGUUGUUGAGUGCUCAUAUGUGCAAUCCAGUGUCACUGAUCUUCCUUUCUUUGCUUCCAAGGUGAGACUUGGGAAGAAUGGUUGGGAUGAAGUUCUGGGCUUGGGUACUCUCUCAGAUUUUGAGAAUCAAGGCCUUGAAAACCUCAAGGGUGAACUCCAAUCAUCUAUUGAGAAGGGAAUCAAAUUCGCCAACCAGUAAGAUUGAACCUGUUAGAUACUUUUCUGUCAGGUUGCUGGAUAUUCCAGUAAGAACAAAUCAAAUUUUGCAUAUUCAGGACCAUUGUUGUAAUGUUGCCGGCAGUGGUGGCGGCUUUGUUGUUUUAUCUAGAGUAGGUAUACGAUCUAAUAAUUGAAUCUGAAUCUGUGAGAGCGAUUAAUGUUGCUGAACGACUUAAAACCAGUUUUAGGUUGGCCAUUCCAUUCAUAAAGGUCCUUUGCGACAUGUGCAUGGUUUUAUAUAAUUCAAUUGCAGGGUGAUGUACCUUUUUUCCUCGUUUA